UUACCAAAUCGCAACUCGCUGUUCACUGUACGUUAGUCUUAUUUCACGGCAUAAUUGACAAAGACGGGGAAAUGAAUCAUGCUUUACUGUAACUGACUGAUUUAAACAUGACACUGCAGGAUAACGUUAGCGUCGCUCAGUGCCUUAAACGUGCGGGAAACGACCGUUUGAAAUAAUUUGCGUUUUUACAUUUGAAGGGUCCAGUAUGCAGAAAGAACAACCUUGCUUGCGCGAGAGCAGUCCUUGUGCUACAUCCAGCAAGAAUGCUAAAAAUAGGAGCAACAGUAUGAUUCUGCUGGCAAUACGUGGUAAUAAAGAUGCAGACGACUCCAGUGGUACAGGCUCCCGCUGCAGUUCAGAAAAAGACUCUGGUUACUCUGACGGCUCAGACUGGCACCAGACAGAUGUGGAGGACCAGCGGAGCAACAAAAGCCAGUCCAGAGGCAGCGAGCAUGCAGAAACUUCACAGCCAGGUCAAAACAAAGACAUUGGGCAAGGGAAUCCUGGGAAUCCUACCCUGAUGCCAGCAGGCCGCAAGCUUCCACCCAUCUACAUCACCAACAACAUGGUGCUUAAGCAGCCGGAUAUGAUCCAGAAAAGAGGUCAGCUGCCCUGGAGAAAUGAAAACAGGGAAACCAGUAGCUCUGGUGCUGUCCAUAUGAUUCUUUUCCAGCAGCCUAGUUUGUUGCCGGCCACCCUCAAGCAACAAAAGCCCUUGUCCCAGAUGUUCAAUGUCACAGGGAAGAAAAUAAAUGGCACUUACCUGCCCAUUCUCAACUCCUACCCACACAUUGCACCUCACCCCAGCAAGAAGCCACUUGAUACAUUUUCAUGUAAUGAUGAAUCCCAGAACCUGAGCAAGAGGGUGUGCACAGAACACAAGAGUGAUGACACACCUGUGGCCAGGAGUCUACCUGAGCAGCACCUUUAUAAGCAACCGAAAUUAGCAGUCUUAACAUCUGAGCUGCCAUGUUCCUCUUCCACCAGAGAUAGUCAAUCGUCCUCCGGUCCUACUGCUGUCCCCUCGAGCCAAAGCUCCCCAUCUGGGUCUGGUCUGUACACUACAUCCUCCAUCCUCACAACCAGAGAUCUUCCAAGAAACAGCACCACCAGUACUCGCCACCGGCGUUUCCUCAACACAGAAGAAAUCCUCAGACAAUCAGGUCUGCUGGACAUUACACUGCGCACGCAGGAACUGCUGCGCCAGAGUAACGCCACCGAGUGGAACAUUGCCCAGCUCCGCCAGCACACAGAGCUACUGUACCAGGCUGCCAGCAACCCCAGUGGCAGCCCGAGCGGCAUCACAGCCUGGCAACAUCUGCACCGAGCCAUGGCCGAGUCUGGCAGCUACCCCAGCCUUAAAAUUCUGCAAAAUGUACAAAUCCUGUGUCAUCCAGAUUCUGCCAGUCAACCAGUGAGUAUUUCCACAGGUAAAGCCAAUGGGCCACUAGCUGCUGAGAGCUCCGAGGUGCCGCCGUCUCGCCUUCUCUCUACUCUACUUAACCCAAACUCAGAACAAGGUAGGGUGCUCAAGGGCGGAGAUAAAUCUUCAGAGAACGUCACCUUUAUGCUUCCUGACAGUUCUACCGGUUAGCACAAUCUGCACUGCCUUUAAAGGGAGAGCAAGUACUCAGGGAUAUUUUGGGAUUUUAUGUGUGGCUUUAAUAGUUUAUCCCUGGUUAUUUAAACCUAGUUUUAUAGGAAUUUUGCUAAAUAUCUCUGCAGGCCAAUGGGAAUCAUACAAUGACUCAAGGUUAGUACUUAUAUGUACAUGUUGCAGUACAAGUUCUGUUUCCAGUUGCCUAACAUGCGUCACCAGAAUUAAGUGUUCUGAAAGCUGAUCCAUUAAUUCACGCAAGUGCAAUUCAAUCCCGAGAUACCAUCUUAUACUAUGACUGCAGACUUUAUAGAAACACACAGAUGAGCAGAGGGUCACUGCUUGUGAGUCACUUAAAGGAUUAUGUCAAAAUAAAAUGUGUUUACCUGGUAAGCAGAGGAAAUUGGCGUACACACAGGUGGCCAUACAGUAUAUGUACUUCAGUGAUGGUUGUUUCGCUAUCUCGCCAGACCAAUUUCAUUCAGGGAAAAGAUGAAUAAAUCCAUUUCCUGGUGGAUAAAUGUUGAGAAAAUGGUUUGUUAUAACCUGCUGUAGUAGAGAGAGAGGGACUCAGUAGUCCCCAAACAAGGUGAUGAACAAGAUUGGUGCCUUCAAAAUUUUACAGCUGAUCCUAAGGCUCCCAGGAAAAUGUCACUUUAAGCAAACUCGUAGCACUUGAGGCACAACUGGUCACUCAGUGCGGUACAAAAUAUCUCCCUGUAACAUCACAAACUGCACUAAACUGGACUGCUGCAAGGACUUCUAUCCAAAUGCUCUUCAACAAAGCCUUAAAAACUCUUUUUCACUUGUUACAUUUUGCAUUACCAGGGCACACCGUUGUCACAGGUUAUCAUAUAUUCAUUUUACAAAUACAGCACACAUCUUAUAAUAGUGUAGGAAUUCAAACACAUACUAUGAAUUCAACACAGCAUCUCCAAGAUAAUCAUUAGUUUUAUCAUUUAGUUUCCUCUCAUGCAGCAGCUUUGUUGUCCGUUUUUACUUUAAUGAUAUUCUGUUUUUUUUUGCAUCAAGCGUCUAAUUCUUGGUGUUUAUGUAGUCAUCUGUUUUAGUCAGAGAUGGAGAAAAGUUUAAUUGUGCGUUUGAGAGAGUUUAAGUAUAAAAAUAUGAUGCCUAAGUGGUCAUAAGCAUGUGGUAUGUGUAUGAUUUGUCAUAUAUUUCUCUGUGCUUGUGCAUAUGACAGACAUCACUGCCAGCAAGUCACAGAUUUCUGAAAUUUAUAGUGUUUUUUUAAUACAGUGUAUGCUAUAUAAUUUUAAGGUAUUUAAAUAAAGCAAUAUAUGAAGAGUAGA